UUUUUUGGUCAUUGGGAAGAAUGUGCCGGUGAUCAUGACUUAUGACUAUGCAUAGCAAGCCAGCAUGGGGUCAUGAUUUGGGAUGGUCACCAGCGAGAGGGUUAUAGCUUACGGUGCAUUUCGCACGGUAGGAAGCCAGCCAUCCCAGAUUGUGCUAUGCUUCUGCGUGUUUGCUGGGAGCUCUAGCACUCCGCUCUACGGGCCCCAGCCCCAUCCCAACCUUGUCGGGUUGAUCUCAGAUCAGGUAGGGAUACUCGCUGUAUCAAUGAGUCGGGGGGGGCAAGCCGGUUGGCAGUAUUGGAAGUGCAGGAAAACCAGAUUUCCAGUCUACCUCACCACCAAAGACACCAGGGGUAUAUCCACUUCCGUAGGAUCUCAGACUCCUUGCACGGUCUCCUGGAAUAGAGACCUCUAUGACAACAUUGGUCACCAGGUAGCCACGCCUACGUAGGUACUUGACAUACAUCCUUCUUCCCCAUUCGAGCAAUCCCAG